CGUGGUUUUUUUCCAAGGGUGGGGAGACUAUCAUCCCUCUCUCCCCCCUUCAGAGACUGUGGGGGUUGAGUGUCCUCCACCCUUGAAAUAAUAUGGUGUGUGGGGUAGAGUGAGGGGAAAAAAUCUCCUUUAGUUAUUCUGUCUGGUGGCUGUUUAGGGGGGGCGGACUUCAUUGCUGGAGAGGGAUGAAGGUGCUCCCUUUCACUCAUGUCUGCAGGUCAAGCUACAGUAACGUUGUGACUCUGCUGUGUGAUUACUGGGCCCUUCCUCUGCCUAGGCCAAUGCUAGAUCUGGAAGUGGUUCCCGAGCGAUCUCUUGGGAAUGAACAAUGGGAAUUCACCUUGGGAAUGCCAUUGGCUCAGGCUGUAGCAAUUCUUCAGAAACAUUGUCGUAUCAUCAGAAACGUCCAGGUUCUCUACAGUGAGCAGUCUCCUCUUAGCCAUGACCUCAUCCUUAACCUGACUCAGGACGGAAUCAAACUGCUGUUUGAUGCUUUCAAUCAAAGACUUAAGGUGAUUGAAGUUUAUGACUUGACUAAAGUGAAGUUAAAAUAUUGUGGUGUCCAUUUUAACUCUCAGGCUAUUGCUCCAACCAUAGAACAAAUUGAUCAGUCUUUUGGAGCAACACAUCCAGGAGUAUACAACUCUGCUGAACAACUUUUCCACCUCAACUUCAGAGGAUUGUCUUUUUCCUUUCAAUUGGACUCAUGGACUGAAACUCCAAAGUAUGAGCCAAACUUUGCCCAUGGUCUGGCUUCCCUGCAAAUUCCCCAUGGUGCAACUGUGAAACGUAUGUACAUCUAUAGUGGAAACAGUCUGCAGGAUACCAAGGCUCCUUUGAUGCCCCUCAGCUGUUUCCUUGGAAAUGUGUAUGCAGAGAACGUUGAUGUUCUGAGAGAUGGAGCUGGACCCUCAGGUUUACGGCUUCGCUUACUCACUGCAGGUAGUGGCCCUGGCGUACUAGCUGAUGCCAAGAUGCGGGUAUUUGAACGCUGUGUGUAUUUCGGUGAUUCGUGCCAAGAUGUUCUGAGCACUUUGGGGUCUCCUCACAAAGUUUUCUACAAGUCAGAAGAUAAGAUGAAAAUUCAUUCGCCCUCACCUCACAAGCAGGUUCCUUCAAAGUGCAAUGACUACUUCUUCAACUACUUCACACUUGGAGUGGACAUCCUAUUUGAUGCAAAUACUCACAAAGUGAAGAAAUUUGUUCUGCACACUAAUUACCCUGGUCAUUACAACUUCAACAUCUACCAUCGUUGUGAAUUCAAGAUUCCACUAGCUAUUAAACGAGAGAGCAUCAAUUCACAGACAGAAACCUGCACAACCUACAGCAAGUGGGACAAUAUUCAGGAUCUUCUUGGGCAUCCCGUAGAGAAGCCAGUGGUACUUCACAGGUCGUCUUCUCCAAACAACACUAACCCAUUUGGAUCAACGUUUUGCUUUGGACUGCAGCGGAUGAUCUUUGAGGUGAUGCAGAAUAAUCACAUAGCGUCUGUUACUCUGUACGGUCCAGCAAGACCCAGCAGCCAGUUGAAAACGUCGGAUCUUCCCCAGUGAGCUAAUUGAAAUGCUACAAAAUUAGUACAGCGUGCCUUGAUUUGCUGCCACUUAUAAUAUGGAAAAAGCACGGUAUGAUGGACUUUUGGGUGUAUGCGUGUGUGUGUGUGUGUGCGUGUUCAGAAAACAGUCUCUCGCCACCUGUGCAUGGGGCAGGAUGGGAAAUCCUCUUGACUGUUCAUCACAGGGCAUGGAACUGAUGGUGGAGGUGAGCAAUUAGGUGUCUGUCACCGUUGGUUUUUCUCCUCUCGAUUGCCCUCAUCCUUUACGGUGUGGAUAUAAAUGGACUGGCCUAUCUUUCCUGAGCUAGAAGAAGGAUGAGUCUUAAACGAGAGGGGGCACACAAAUAUGACUGCACAACUUAGAAGCACAAACAUUCUGAGCCUUGGAGCAUCUGGAAGCAGGUAUUGGAUUUUUUUUUCCAGUAUGUGUUUUGUGUUAACUGUAUUGAUAAUGGUAGUCCUGUUUUUUUUUAAUGACAACAAUGUUAUGUGUGGGUGUGGGUGUGUAUCUGCACACGCACACUCACACAACUUAUAUAUAGGUGUAUAUAUAAAAUAACGUACAUGGGUAUUUCUGUGGCUAGGACAUCGUACCAAAUGUGACAAGUAUGUAUAUACAUGUCCAUAAUUUCAGGCAUCACAUGUUUGUCUGACGUUGAAACAAGCGCAAAGCAGCAUGUGCAUAAGACUUGGUUGUAACAUUUUUGCACUACAUACACUUUAAUUACUUGAUAAGACAUUUUAAUCUUCACUGAGGAGCAUCUGUGUACUGGGUGUGAGUGGGGGUGCGAGGGUUUAUUUAAUUGUUUGCCACGCAUAAAGCUUAUUUAUACAGUGGGGAAGAAUCCCACCUUUUCUGCACUAAUAUUUACUUGACAUGCUGAAGCAUCUUCUGCCAUGCCUGGUUAACUAUCUUGUUUAUAUAUAUACACACACACACACAGUGUCCUGAAGGAGAAAAAAAUCUCGAUUAUUCCUAUGAAUUAUGUUUUUCUUAAAGGUUUUGAUACCGUUUUUCCUUGUGCGUAAAACAGGGGCGAAAGUAUUCGAUCCUCAAAGGGUAAAUGCAUUUGCCUACUCUUGCAGCUGUGUGGCGUGCAUCAGUUUAGAAAUUUCUUGUUUCCUUUUUCUUUGUUCUGUAGAGUAGCGAUAGGUGGAAAACUGGGGUGCAGCCGCUGGGAACCGCUCCCACCCAAGUUGCAGUGAAAUGAAAGUUGUGCAGCCUUAAUGCGAGAAAAGUUUCCCAGGAGACUUUGGUGGAACAUAGUCCUGGCAGAUUGCGCUCUGGGUUGUUAUAUACAUAGCACAUUGGAGGGAAGAAGAAUUGCUUCUCUUUCCGCUCCUUGUAUCUCGCUGCCCUUUUUUUUAAUUUAAUGCCAAAAUGUUAGCCAAAGAGAUCCUUAAUCUAGUUUCAACAUUUCUGUACAUACACAGUUCCACUGCACACCCUCCCCCUCCUUCCCCAGCCAACAAGAUUCAGCUUCCAGUUAAAGAGAUGCUGCUUCCUGGUCAUUAUCCUAAGCAGGAGAGAACAGGAGGCUGCAGCUGUCUUACCAGUCUUAUUGUGGGAAAAGUAGUCUCUGUCUGUCAGUCAUCUUUGCAAUAUUAACCCUUUUUAAAACAAUAGAGGGGGGGGAAGAGAUAUAAUUUUAUCCCAUUUUUAAUAUUUUGGUGUAGCAACUUGUGAUAUAUAGACAAUUUUUGUGAGUUUUGCAAAUGUGUGUACAGAUUUUGUAAAUACAAAACUUUUUUGUAAUUUUAACUCCAUGUACAGUGUUAAUCCUGUAUAGUUUACCAACGAAUGAGGGAUAGGGAAUUUUAGGAUGUUUAACUAAAAGUUUUGGAUCCUGGACCAGUAGCAGGGAUAAGUGUGUGCGUGUGUGUAUUUGUGAGUAUGUGUGUUCUCCUUUUUGCCAUUUAGUCUUCCUGUAUACUGUGACAUUCUAUACUGUUUUACUUAAAAAGAAAUAAAGGAAGCCCCCACUGAGAAUUUAAUGGAUAA